AUGCACCAGUUCAAUGGGAUGGCUUGCAACACAACACUUCCUCCUUCAAAUAUUGGUGGCAACAAAUUAGCUCACUUAAACAAACUGAGUUGGCUGUGCUCAAGUUCUUCGAUCGCCAUGGCUAUGAAUUCCAGAAGGGAUCGUAACUCUAGAAGUGCUCUUUUUGAUGGUAUUGAAGAGGGAGGUAUAAGGGCAUCUUCGACUUACUCGUCCCAUGAGAUUGAUGAGCAAGAGAAUGAUAGAGCAGUUGAUGGUCUACAAGAUCGAGUCAAUAUGCUGAAAAGAUCUUCAGAGUCUGAGUGGUGGUGUAUGGAUCGUGCAGCAAGGUUUGAUAAGUUGUCAGGUGAUAUACACGAGGAAGUCGAGUCUCAUAACCUCAUGCUGGACCGAAUGGGAAAUGACAUGGAUUCCUCAAGAGGAGUUUUGUCCGGAACCAUGGAUAAAUUUAAGAUGGUGUUUGAGACCAAAUCAAGCCGAAGGAUGUUUACUCUUGUGGCAUCUUUUGUGGUUAUUUUCCUUGUCGUAUACUAUCUCACUAGGUAAGUGAUUGCUUGUGAUGGAAAUUGGAGGGUGUGCGAAUAUGCGGAUAUGAGAAUGUUCUAUAUGGUUUACUUGUUAAAUCACCUGAUGAUGUACCGUAAAAUGUCGUGUCCCGAUAAGCCUGUGUAAAACCGAUGUACCUCGAAUUACUUGGUGUUCGUUUCGUUUUGUAAAUAUGUGGACUCUCAUUAAGGUAUCAUGUCUGGUGGCAGGAUUAUCAACUACAGAUAUACAAAAAUGUUGUGUGCCUUUUUUGUACUUUAAUUUUUCUGGUGGGUUGGUUUCAAAUUUGGAAAGCGGAUAUGCUUGAUUCUAAUUUUAAAAUCCCCAUUUAUUGUAGUGAAUCAAUUUUUUCG